AUGAUUCUCCUUGUGAAGAGCGGAGCAUGCGCGAAAUCUAAUCGGAGGUCAUUCAGUUUCUGCUUUUUCUGUUUUUCGGGUCAGUCGCGGCUUGUAAUCUCACUGUUGUAUCUCUUAGAGCGACCUUGUUCCGACCAUCAUCCUCACACACUCAUUCGGUCUCUUCCGCCAGCCACCGCCUCAAUGCCUUCCGAAGGUAGAGAAUGUAUUUCUAUUCACAUUGGACAAGCAGGAGCCCAAAUAGGAAAUGCCUGCUGGGAACUCUACUGCUUGGAACACGGCAUAGACCAAAGUGGAUUUUUGGAUGAAUCAAUCGAUCAGAAAAGAGUGGACUUCAUCAGGUGGUCUAAAAUGAUGCAUACUCAAUAUAAUGUAUUAGUCACUAUUUACUCUACCCUAUUUCAGUCGCUUCAAGCAUUUUAUUCCGAGUCCAAUAAUGGGAAGUUCGUACCACGUGCCAUCUACAUUGACCUCGAACCUACUGUAUUGGGUGAGUUAUUUCUAGUUACAGCUUACGUUGUACAGCAAAAAACCAUACCAAGAGCUGCGAGAACUCGGAAAAUGCAUCUCUGGUCGGUGACACCCGCAAUUCGCUUUGCAGCUUGGACUAUACUGAUUAUUACCGUAAUGGAAUAA